ACAGCCGAGAAGGAAAAACAGAAAGUCCGUUUCCAUGACAGCGGAGACGCUGUCCAACUGGUUGCGUCCAGCGGCCUGUAAAGCUGACUGACGGGCAUAUUGCAAUGGGUGCUAAAUGAUAGCUUAGUCCUGGAAACAGCUCUUUUGAAAAACUAAUCACUUUAACGUGUAUGAAGUUGUUUUACGUCAGUGAGAGGAAUUAUUUGGCUAUAACUGUGACUAUGCGGCAAGUUCGAUGUAUUGUUUGAAAAACAGAAUGCAAUACCCUGAAGUACAGGGAGCCAUAUGUAAAUAGGAAUUUGAGUAACUGAUGUUCCUCUAAAGUGAAGUAAAUGGCAACCAUGGAAACACAGUGCAAACUCUCCCCUAGAUGGAACAGCCCAUCAUCUAAUCCAUAUGCCAUGACAAGUCCUGAACCAGAUGAAAGGGAUACUCAGCCAAAGAAAGGCAGUGAGAUGUGGAACACCCUUCGGAGCAGUAUGAAGGAGACCGUCGAUAAGGUCAAAAAAGCUGAUGGUAAACCAGUAUGUCUCUCUCAUGGCAUUCAUCACUUCCGCCGCAUGCUAUUACACCAGACAGUCUAUAGUGUAACCUACAAUAAAACAAGAAGAGAGUAUAUCUGCCUUGACUCUAGCAAAGCGUUGCACAUUUAUUUGCAUGAUGGGAGACUAAAGCAGACUUUGUCAGCACCUGAACCAUUUACUGGUAUUGUAUAUGCCAGCCAUUUUAAGCAAUACGUGGCAUGGAAUUUGAAGGAGUACUUAAAGGUUCUUAAUGCAGAGUUUGAGGUUAUUUCCACAGCUAAAUCUACAUAUGCAGUUCACUGUUGCCAAUACAGUGAAGACCUGAACGAGAUUGUGACGGCUGGUAAUGGACAUGUUUCAGUGUGGAGUUUCCGAUUUGGACACAGGUACCUUGUCUGCCGGAAGUUAAUGAGAGAAGGAUUCUCAGUCUUGGAUAAGUUCAGUCACAUAACAUUGGAUAAAGCCCGAGGACGUUUCCAGAGAUGCUUUGCUGUUUGUGAGACUGGUGUCGCUGUUUUCAAUCUACAGGAAGGAACACUGAUCACUUAUAAGAAAGAACUUCAUCUCAGAACUAUCACAAGUGCUGUAUAUUCUGACAGUAUUCACUCUUUGGUGACGGCAUCCCGUGAUGGUUCCAUCAAGGUCUGGGAUGAAAACUGGAAUGUCAGAAUGGUCUUUGUGGGACAUACAGCCACUGUUACAGCUUUGGCACUCUAUCCUUAUGGUCCUCUCCUGCUUUCUGCAUCUGAAGAUGAAACAAUCCGCACAUGGAAUCUUGAGACAGCUGACGAAGUGGAUAUAGUGAGAACUGGUGAACCUGUAGUGGAACUAUACACAGAGAGAGAAGAGGAACAAUUCUUCUCUUUCUCCACAUAUGGUAUUGAUCUAUGGAGAGUAAAUUAUCUAUACAGUCUUUAUACCAAGACAGACUCUUGUGUGAUUAGUAUAAAGACGGUAAACCUAUCAUGGAAGGGCAACUUCCCAAUAAGGUCAGUAUGUAUGUGCCAGGAAGGGAGCAUACUCUUAGUGGCCCCAGAGACAGGUGUUGUACUCACCACCUUAUUGCUGGAGAAAGGAAAGCAAAUAAUGGAUUCUGAUUACUGCCUCCCUACAGAAACACUCUUUGUAUUGACUCAGGAUGGAGAUAUUCUAAAAGCAAAUGCCUUGACCAAUCCAAUGACUGUUUUGAAGGAGCUGAAAGCUAAGAGCAAUUCAUCACAGCCUUCCUGUUUGCUAGUAUACAACUAUAUUGUGAAUAAAGAAAAAGCUUAUAGUGAAUGGAGGGAAGCUGUAAACAAAGGAUCUGUAUCUGGUCGACUGAGACGUGUUCCAUUUUCCUUGCAGGAAGACAAGAAUAGGUAUCUAUUAAUAGUUGGACAGGAAGAUGGUUUCCUAUCAGUACUAGACUGGAAUGAAGGUUGCAGGCAGUUUAUGGUUGAAGCCCAUAGCCCUAAAAAAGUGUCAAGACUUCUUGCCUUACCUGAUGAGGAUUACAUUGUCUCUGCAGGUAUGGAUGAUUCUUUGAAAGUCUGGCGUGUCUUUCCUUAUGCAGAAGAAGCCCUUAGUCUACACAUGAGUUUCUUCUGCUUCCAGCCAACAGUGCACAUGACAGUAAUGCGGUCACUGCUUAUUGUCGCUUUCCAGAACCCUUCUAAUGCCAUCUACAGUAUUGUGCAGUAUAAUUUGAUGAACAAGAACCGUACUGACCACCCACCUGGGGAUGACCCAAAAGAUGAGAUUACGGGUCUGUGUUCUUGCCCCACAUUAAAGAUAUUUGCUUCAUCCAGUAGAGAUGGCAUAGUAAAAAUAUGGGAUUAUGAAAACCGCCUUCUUAGAAACAUAUUUCUUAAUGCUGUGCCAGAAAGUAUUUCAUUUUGCAGUAAUCGUGGAGACCUAUUAGUGGGCAUUGGCCGACAUUUGUAUUGCAUUGGCCAUGAAAAAUACCUGCCAAACCACUACAAGUUCAAGAUGGUUUGUAUGGAGAUUCCUGAACCUAUUCCUGACCCACCCAUUUCAUUAGGAGAGGCAGCAGCACAGACCCUUUCCAGUGAUGCCUUGAGACGCAUCAAAGCAUCCCAGCCUUCCAUGUACAGGCUGGAAACUACUCCUGAGAUCAGCUAUUCGAAGGAAGAUGAAGAAUAUGAAAGGGAAAUCAGAGAAAAGAAUGAGGCAUAUAUCAUGCUUGCUGAGAGAGACAAUGAACUCCUGAUGCUCCAGCAGGGUGAACUGAAGAACACUAAACAACACAAACGCAGCAAGAGGACAGCCAGUGAAGCAUUUGAGCAGUAUAUGCAAAUACUUUAUGGGGACCGCUCCUGCAUACAGAUCCCCAAACUAGACCGUUUUGAACUAGAUAACAUCCAGAAAGACACCAAGGCUGUGAUUCGAGAAACUCAUGUGCCCAUGCCUGAGAUAGACAAUGUGGGAUUCUUUCCUUACACAAGACUAGCCAGAUCAAGUGAAGAAAACAUAAGCAAAAGAGACAAGCAGGAAGUGGAAUUAGAAACAGCAAAGUUUCCAGUCCGGACAUGGGGAGUCAUUCCAAAUUCUACAGUCUUGCAACUACUGUGGCCUAUUGUAAAAGAGUGUGAAGAAGAAGAAGAAGUGAAAAGGAGAGUGUUCAGACUGCCAUCAAUCCCUGCGGAACAGCUGACAGAGGUUACUGUCCAGCCUCACGUGGAGCCUUAUCAUUCAUUAGAACUUGAUAUGGGAUCACCGUCAUUAAGUGAUGAGGAGGAGGAGGAGGAGGUGGACCCUAGUGCUUUGGUAGAGAAAUUCACCACCAAGACUGAAGUGGAAGAGCAACCAGCAGAGCCAACUGUGAUUCCCAAGGAACCAGAAGUGGAGGUUUCGCCCAUCAAAGUGAAGGCCACAAAGCCUCAGCUAGUGCGACCAGUGAAGAAGCUAAUAAGUAUUCCAAAGGUACCUGUGCAGAAGCCUAGCCCACCUCCUCCGAGUCCAAGUCCACAGCCACCACCUCCUCCAGCCUCACCUCUAUCGCCACCAGUCCCACUGCAGCAACUUCCAGGAUUCAUUGCACAGUUCAAGGGUUCAGAAUGGUUUGAAAGUAUUUUCCCAGAUGCUUAUGCAGGGACUUUCCCAGAGCCCUCUGUAAGAAAGUUUGUGAAGAGUCUCCUAGAAUGGCUUCUUAAAGUAGACUACUCAAUCAAAGCAGGCAUCAUCGGUGCCAUCACCACACUUUGCAAUCAGGAGUAUGUGGAAAAUAUCCAGGAGAUCCAUGAUGUGCUGAUAUCUAUUCUCAACCAAAGGAACCCACCAUCACUUGAGAUUCCUGAGCAGAAGACUUUCAUUACAUAUUCUUUGAAUGCAUUGAAGACUGUCUUCAGUUCCAGUAAAGAUGUAUUAAUAGAGUUGAUGGUACAAUUUCUGAUGGCAGAUAGUGGCUUCAGGAAAUAUAUAGUUUCCCUCUUCUUGGAAUUGGGUUUAUGGGACACUGAUGACUGUUUCUGCCAGGAGAUGGAUUCUUGGAAUUUAUGGGCUACAAAAAUCACUAAAGCUGAAAUUCGGCAACUCUGCUCCAACUGGCUAGAAGACUGGAUCCGAAAAUUUAAGAACAGGAAGAAGGUCACAGAAGUAUCAAAACUGAAGGCUGACAGUCAGACUGACAUUGGAUUCAGGCCAAUCGAUGUUGUGAAUUACUUCUGUGAAUUGACAAGAAUUAAAAAACACCAACGAAGCAUGCCACAGGAAAAACUGUCCAAGAAGAAGAAUGCUGUACUUGAUCUACCCCAUAUCGAGAGGAACCGGGCAAUUUUCAGGCUUGGAGAGACAAACAGCAUGGCUCGAAAACGGCAGAUGGCAGAUUUCUGUCUGCCUGCAAUUUCAUCACAACCACUGCUAUCUGGCUUUGUCCCAUAUAUUAAUCUCCCAGUGAAGAAGAUCAGUCUGAAUCCAUUCCCCUCACCUAUCGACUUGAGUUCACCAAGGAAUGUUUUCCUCACCUUGAAUCAUAUGGCACCAAAGUACUUUGUUUUGGACCACACCUUCCCAGAGAAUUAUUAUUAAAGCAUUGAUCUGUACUUUUGAUGCAUUGUGUUUGUAAACAAAUAAAAUUAUGCAUGAUCCAG